CAAUUUCCAGAAAGGCUCCAACAUCUUUUGACAAGUUCAAAACCAGGCUUGGAUACAGAAUCGAUAGUGUAUCCUCAGUAUGAAACAAGGGGAGAUCUGAAAAAGGCAGUAGAGUUAUUUUGUACAUGGUUAGAACAAAAGGUCAAGGAAAAUGAAGAAGAAAUAAAUUCACACGAUAGAAAGGGUGAUGUAUGGGUUUGUCUAAUUGGACAUUCAAUGGGUGGCAUAUUAGCCGCAGACACAAUUCUUAAAUAUGCGUCCCAAAAUGACCCAACUCCCCCAAAAAUUAUUGGGUUAUUUGCUUUUGAUACACCAUAUUAUGGUGUACACGAGAAAGUUUUUUCAAAAGCCACACUAGAACGCGCAGCUGGUGCUGCACUUGUUGGUGGUGCUGUAUAUUCGCAAAAAGAUAAUGUUAGUAAUGGUGUAGAGUGGUUAGGAAGCCACUUGGAAUAUGUGGGUGUUUUGUGGAAAAAGGAAGAGCUAAAGCAAAGGGUAGAAAACUUUGUAAAAGUACCAGAUAUCACUUUUCAUUGCUUUUAUACACAGAUCCCUACCACUGCUCCUUAUUCGUCACCACGUACAUUUAUUGUUCUUCCACCACCUGAAAUGUUAACAUAUUUUUCGCCUACUAUAUGCACUUCAAAAGAUGAAAUUGAUGCACAUAUUUAUAUGUUUGAUCCAGAAUUUAACAGCUAUUAUUAUGAUCUCGGGCAUGUUAGUGCUAGACGAAUAAUUGAUAUGGUGGAUAAAUGGGAAGAAACAAAUAAUUGA